AGAGUCUGAGGUGUAUAAGAGGGCUUCACCAGACACAGCUCAUCAUCUAACAGCAGCCCUGAUCUCUGCGAUACGACCAAAGAUAACACAUCACAGUUCAAACAACAAAGGUAUGGAUUUGGAUGUGGCCAAACCUCAAGCCAAGAUUGAAAACAAAGGUCCCCUCAGAGCCACCGGCCCCGGAACCAGCCCACCCAAGUUUAAACAGAGGAGCAGCCGCCAGUUCAAGAGCAAGCCUCCCAAGAGGGGCGUCAUUGGCUUUGGAGAGGAUAUCCCAGGAAUGGAAGGGCUUGGCAUGGACAUCACCGUAAUCUGCCCAUGGGAAGCCUACAGCCAUCUAGAGCUACACGAACUGGCUCAGUAUGGCAUCAUCUGAGUCAUUUUUGCCUGAGAAGUAAUUUUUUAUAUCUACUGAAGGGAACUGAUGUGGCAAGUUCUGAUCUGGAUCAUCAAUUGACUUUUACUUUUGACUUUAAAUGGUUAACCACAAACUAAAAAGUGUAAACUAACAUGUAAAAAAGAUGAUGUAUAUUAUGGAUGCUGUUCUUUGCCUAAGUUGUUUUAUAUAUUUUAUGAACCAUAUACCAUUUUCAUAUCACCCUCAAGCUGCCAUUGGCCACAACCCACUGAUUAUGAAUGUUUCUUGUGCUGUUGUCUGAGGUUACAGUGGGGGCUGUGACUAGAAGCCUGGUUAUUGGCUUCAGAGUUUCUGCACAACUGACAGCAUCAUGUUUGAUCAAACUCACAAUAAAUCUUUGAUUUUUUUUAGAAUAAUUUCUAACAUUUCUUCAAUCAUAGUGUGUUAUUAAACCACGCUACUGUAUUUUCUUACAUAAUUCCUGAUAUAAUGCUUUAUUUGUCCCUUUUUGACAAAGAGUAGCACACAUGAAUCUGAAAACAAUCAACACAGUAAAGUAAUUCAGGGAUUUGAAUUGAUUCCCAUGAAUUAGGCACGCUAUGUCCUGUGCAUUUUCCUAACCCUUAAAGGAAUAGUUUGACACUGAUAAUGGCAUGUAUGCUUUUUGGCUUUCUGUUUCAGGGACUAUUUCUUUUGUGUGUUUUCAGCAACAGCUCAAGAAAAUUGGAAAUUGUGCCUGAUUCUAAGUAUCAUUUGAUGGCGCUUUGCUGGGACGAAAAGUUAAUAAAUAUUGUCUGCUAGAAGGGAAUGUUUUACUGCUCAGUAGGUAGGUACUACAUACUGUAUAUAUAGACAUAUAGGCACAAAAGGCCUUGUAACCGAAUGUUUAAGGUCCAGUGUUUAACAUUUAGGAUGAUUUAUAAUAUUCAUAGGAAUGUUUUCACUAGUGUGUAAUGACUUAAAAUAAAAAUUGUUGUGUUUUUGGUAUACUAGAA